AUGAUAACAUAGAAAUUCAUUUCAGAUAGUCCAGCAAAAAAAAGAGAUGAAAACGAUGAUCAAGAUUACCUAUUUGAAUAGUUAGAUUAAAUCAACAAACGUAUUUACAAUUACUAAUAACUGAUCAAAUAGAAGAUCAAUAUAUUACUUGGAAAUAAUACAAUGAAAUCUAUAGAUUAUGAUGGUCUCUAAAAAUAGUUAUCAGAUCUUAGAUUAGAGGAGCAAAAGUACUUAUUAAACUUAUUUUUAAGCUAUUCUUAAAUCUAAUUAGAUAUAGAUAGAUAGUAAAGUUAAAUAUUUGAUUACUAUGAAUCUGAAUUCAACAAACUUAAAAGCUUAUAUGAAACCAUCAAUCAAGAGCAUUAAGGAUUUAUAAGAUAAAAAUAACAUGCUAACGAAUUAUAUUGUUAAAUGAUUGAAACUAAAUAAAUUUUAUAAGAAGAUCUAAACACUCAUUUAUUAUAAAGAGCGGAAUUAGUCGGUUAAAAAGAAGAAUUAGAGGAAUUUGUAGAAUAAAUCAAAAAUUAAAAUGAAUAAUUAUUUACAAUUUCUUAAAUGUAUUUCACAAAUGGUAAAAAGUAUUAAGAUAAUGGAAAUUAGAUAGCAAUAUAAAACAAAGAAAUUAAAAAUUUAUAAUAAUAAAGAGAUGAUAAAUAACAACAAUUAGGAUUAUAACAUUAAGCAACUUUGCUAGAAGUACAAUUACAUUAAGCUAAUUAAAAAAUUAAAGUAUAAAGAAAUAAAAUUAUACCUUUGCAUAAAAGUUUAAAUUUACCUCAUCCUGAUAACUUAUUCCAAGAAUUUUUAUAAUAAAGUGAUGUAUAAUCAAUAGAUUAAAGGGAUUUCAAUUCUAAAUUGACAAAUUAUCUUUAAUAAUUUAGAAAUAAUUUGUUUAAAAAUUCAAAUUAUGUAACUAAUUGGGGUAGUAUAAAGGAAUUCAUUACUUAAUAAGAAUAGUUUAUAAUUGUUUCUAUGCAAUAAAAAUUAAUAUCGAAUUAAUUGUAAGAAAUGAAAUAAACAUUAAAGCAAUAUGGAGAAGAAUUAUAAAUUUAAAAUAAGAUAUCAGAAAUUGAUACAUAAAUUGAGAUGAAAAGAUUCAUGAUUAAAGAAUUAGAAGAACAAUAGGAGCAAUUCAAAUUAAAUGAGUAAAUGUAUUUUUUCAAAUCUAAGAAAGUGCUUAAGAUUAAUUCCAUAGUAUGAUUGAGUAAUCUGCCUUAGAAGCUUAUGAUAUGUACAAGACUUUAAAUAAAGAAUAGCUAUAAUAAAUGAAAGAAUAUGAAGAUUUUGAUAAGAUGCUUUUAAGCAUUCAGUAGGAAAUAACAUAGUUAAUUUAAGAUUAAGAAAAUGUAAUAGUUUAUUUUUAAUUUUAGAUGCAAUUUUUGAAUGUAAUGAAAUUAAUUGAAAAAUAUGAAACUUCUGAAUAGGCAAUAAAUACGAAUAUUUAUAUGGUGGAUUAAUAGAUCUUACCAUAGUUGAAAUAAGUAGUUCAAUAAUUAAGUAAAUUGAAAAGAGAAAUUGAACAUUUGAAUUAAAAUGAUAAACAUUACUUAGAGAGAACUAGUAAAAUAGAGUAAGAAAUUUAAUGUAUGGAACAAGAAUUUAAGAAGAAAAUGGAUUCAUUUUAAAAAUAAGAAAAUGAAAUAAAUAAUAAAGUUUUUGAAAUAAAAUAAUCAAUAUAAAUGGUUUAAGAUUAGAUGAUUAAUAAGAUAAAGCCAAAUAAAGCUUAAUUGGAAUAAGAGAUAUUGUAAUUGAAUAAUUAAUUAUCUUAAUUGUAAGAACAGAAAUACAAUUUGGAGUAGAUUACAUAUAAUCUGAAUUUGAAUAGUUUAAAUAAAAGUCCAAGUAGAAAAAGUGUUUUGUCAAUUUCAAAAUCUUUAAAUUAAUUGGCAAAAUUAAAAUAGAAUAUAACACCAAUUAAGUAGAUGAAAUAAUCAACUGCAUUAAAAACAAAUUCAUCAUUAAAAUCCAUUAAAUGA